AUGUCCGCGGUUGCCGAAACAACUUCGCCGCACCUUCGGGUGUCGGCAGCCAAAGCGCCCGCAAAAACACAAGAAUCAACAAGAAUCCAGGCACCGGAGGCCUUGGUCGACGACCACUUCUUCUGGACAUACACCGAAGAGCCGCACCGCUCAAGGCGGCAGGCGAUUAUCAAAGCGCAUCCGGAGGUCACCAAACUAUGUGGCCCCGAGCCUUUGACAAAAUGGGUCGUCCUCGGUGUCGUCUCCCUGCAACUCACAUGUGCCUACCUCCUCCGCAACACCUCGAUGUUCGACUGGCGGUUCCUGGUGACAGCAUACGUGAUCGGUGCGACUUGCAACCAGAACUUAUUCCUCGCAAUCCAUGAGAUCUCACACAACCUGGCAUUCCGGUCCGCCUUCGCCAACCGGUUGCUAGCCAUCUUCGCAAAUAUCCCCAUCGGACUGCCAUACAGCGCAGCUUUCAGACCCUACCACCUGACACACCACAAAUCCCUCGGCGUAACAGGCCUGGACACCGACCUCCCCACAGCUGUGGAAGCCUUCCUCCUAAACUCCCUCCUGGGCAAGACCUUCUUCUGCACCUUCCAAAUCCUCUUCUACGCCGUCCGCCCAAUGUUCAUCUACAGUCCCCCCUUCACCUCCAUCCACCUCCUGAACGUGUUCGUGCAACUAAGCGUCGACUACGCCUUAACCCAGCUCUGCGGCUCCUGGCAACCAAUACUAUACUUCCUGCUGAGCUCGUUCCUCGCUGGAUCCCUGCACCCCUGCGCAGGCCAUUUCAUCGCAGAGCACUACUUCUUCUCGAACGUCAAAACCGGCGGCACGGAGUCUCUGACUGAGCUGAAGAAGAACGAGAAGAACAAGACCCCCCACCCGCUUGAUUCUCUCCCUCCCCCGGAGACAUACUCGUACUACGGCCCGCUGAACAUCCUCACCUACAAUGUCGGCUUGCACAACGAGCACCAUGAUUUCCCCGCCAUCCCCUGGACGAGAUUACACAAGCUGCAUGAGAUUGCGAGCGAGUUCUAUGAGCCGCUGCCUUGUCAUCGCAGCUGGGUUUGGGUUAUCUACACCUUCAUCUUGGAUAAGGAUGUUGGUAUGUGGUGUCGUGUGAAGCGCGAGCAGGGUGGUCGGAUUGUUGGUGGUGGGAAGAAAGGAGACAAUGCUGCGUCGAAGCAAGGAUCUGGACGUAGUGGUGAGGGUAUCUCGGCUGCGUCGGCGGGUCCGGCUGGCGAGGAGGGUGAUGGGUGGAAGGAGAGUGAGCUCCAAUGUUAG